UCGUUAGCAGAGGAUCUGGCCUCCACAGAAAGAGCAAAACAGAGUUCAAAAUCACCGUAUCAAAACAAGAUCCAUUUCAUUUGAAUAGUGGAGAUCAGGUUUUAAACAUCACUAGCUCAUGGGCAGCAUCACAGGAUGGGUUUCCUUUGUUUUUCUCUUCAUCUUCUCUUGCUUCUGCAUGACUCUCUCCCAAUGCAGAGACACUCUUAAACAAGGCGAAUCAAUCCGAGACCGGCCAAGGCGUGGCGAAUGGGUUGGAGAGGCACAGAGCCUGGUCUCAGCAAACCAGAACUUCGAACUGGGUUUCUUCAGCCCAGGCAAUUCCAACAAACGGUAUAUUGGGAUAUGGUACAAGAAAGGCACAGAAAGAAUUAUAUUAUGGGUUGCGAACAGAAAAACACCGCUCUCAGAUUCUUCUGGAUCCUUAACUAUCAUUACCAAUGAGAAUUUGAUGAUCCAGGGUCGUAGCUCUGAUACUAGUAAUUGGGAAGUCCGCAUACUAUUGUCAUCUGUGCCUGCGGAAAGCAAUUCAAGACUGACGCUCUCCGAUUCAGGAAACCUUAUAUUAACCGAAGGAAAUGGAGAUGUCUUGUGGCAGAGCUUUGAUCAUCCUUCCGAUACUUAUCUACCCGGCAUGAAACUGAGGCUUAGUGUGAUUGGGAGAAGCCCAACCAUGCUUACAUCAUGGAGAAGUAAAGAUGAUCCUAGUCCUGGGGAUUUCACGCUGGGAUUGGAUUUGAGCUCGACAGGCCAGUUCUCUAUUUGGAAACAGAGGAGAGUAAGGCAUUGGACGAGCGGAUUUUGGAAUGGACAGAUUUUCAGCUCCAUUCCUGAAACGAGAUCGUAUAAAUUCAGCUAUGAAUCUGAUGAAAAUGGGAGCUAUUUCAGAUAUUCUCUCAAGGAUGAUUCGGUUAUUUCAAGGUUAGUGAUGGAUGUUUCUGGUCAAAUCCAGCUAUUCACAUGGUCAGAGGAAACCCAGGCAUGGAGCGUAUUAUGGUCCCAACCAAGAGGAGAAUGUGACUUUGACACCUACUGUGGGCACAAUGGUGUUUGCAACGAGGGCUCAUCAUCGCCCUGCAAGUGUUUGGAUGGGUUUGAGCCCCGUUCGCGUAGAGAAUGGGAAUCAAACGUGUGGUCUGCUGGGUGUGUAAGGCGAACACAGUUGAGGUGUGGUGAUGGAGACCGGUUCAUGUUGAUGAAGAUGAUGAGAUUGCCUGCUCCCUCACAUACCUUCACAGAUUUGAGCCUACAGUUCGAAGAUUGUAACGCUAAAUGUAUGGGUGAUUGUUCAUGUACUGCUUAUGCUUCUUCCCACGGGAAUGGCACCAGAUGCCAUCUUUGGCACGGGGAGCUGAUGGGUCUUCAAGAAAACAGCAACAGUGGGCAAGAUCUUUAUGUUCGUCGAGCAGAUUUUGAACUGGAUGAAGGAAGCAAGAGACAGUUAUGGAUAAUCGCUCCAGUAAUAGUCCCUUCGACGCUUCUUGUAUUUGCCGGCAUCAUUUGUUAUUUCCGGAGUGCGCGUGUCCGGCAUAGAAGAGAGCUUAGACAUAAAGCAAAGAGAGAAAUGAUCGGGGCAGCAUCGAUGUUUGAUUUAGGUAUUAACAUGGCGAUAACCAACCAAUCUCUGGAAGGUGGGAAGAACAGUUUCGACUUUCAAUUAUUCAAUUUUGCUACUAUUUCAGCCGCCACAGAUAACUUCUCCGUUGCAAAUAAGCUGGGAGAGGGCGGCUUUGGCCCUGUUUACAAGGGUAAAUUAAACAAGGGACCAGAAAUAGCUGUGAAAAGGCUUUCUGAAAGAUCCGGUCAAGGGUUAGAAGAGUUCAAAACUGAGAUUAUUCUCAUCGCUAGGCUCCAACACAUGAAUCUUGUUCGGCUUUUGGGUUGCUGCACUGAAGGAGAAGAAAAGAUCCUAGUCUACGAGUACAUGCCAAACAAAAGCUUGGAUACCAUCAUUUUCGAUCCGGUGAAACGGAAGCUUUUGGAUUGGGGGAAACGUGUGCGGAUCAUAAAUGGGAUUGCUCAGGGGCUUCUAUACCUUCACAAGUACUCAAGAUUGAGAAUCAUUCAUAGAGAUCUAAAACCUAGUAAUAUUCUUUUGGACUCAGAAGUGAACCCAAAAAUAUCAGAUUUCGGCAUGGCAAGAAUAUUCGGACAGAAUGAAUCCAUAGCAAAUACAAAAAGGAUUGUUGGGACACAUGGAUAUAUGUCUCCAGAGUACGCCAUGGGAGGACUCUUCUCGGAGAAAUCAGAUGUCUAUAGCUUUGGAGUCUUACUGCUAGAGAUUGUUAGUGGCAAGAAGAAUACUAGCUUUCAUCAUUUCGAAGAAUCUCUUAACCUUCUAGGAUAUGCAUGGGAGCUGUGGAAGAAUGGUAGGGGCUCUGAGUUGAUAGAUCCAACGCUGCGUGAUUCAUCUCCCAUAUGGGAAAUCACAAGAUGCAUCCACAUGGGACUUUUGUGUGUGCAAGAAAGUGCUAAGGAUCGGCCCACCAUGUCGAAUGUGGCCGCUCUGCUUAGCAAUGAAACUGCGCCUCUGCCUACUCCAAAACGACCUGCAUUUUCUUCAGGAAAAAACUUAUCAAUGACUACUCCAGGAUCUUGUUCAGUCAAUCUGAUGACGAUUUCUGCGAUGGAAGCUAGAUAAAGGCCUGAACUAUUUUUAAAGACAUUUUUUGUUUUAUUUUAACUAAAAUUACUGCACUA